GACCGUCUCACAACAUACAUCCAGCAGAUCUGGUUGCAGUUUCCGCGGGAGAUGUGGCCGGCCACGGGCCCUGACCAGGCCUUCCUCCACUACAUCAGGUCGUUGGGCCUUGACAAUCUGGGAGCUGUGGGAGGUCGCCAGCUUCUUCAACGUAUGGGUGUCAUCGAGGCCGACGGCGGCUUUGUUUACCGGGCCUCUAUGAUGAUUCGAGAGCACCGCGAGGAGGAUCCGCGCGAGGCUGCAAGCGAGAUGACUUUUGGGGGUCCUACGAGGACACGCCGUGUCUUCAGCUACGCCGAAUACCGGCUGCAAUCUCCGGCGCAUACGGACUACCUCGAAGGGGCACUUGUCCAGGAGAACGGCGCCAGGGGCCCGCACCACGCGACAAGCCCGCUCCAUGCGCUGCAGCCCCGCGGCUGCACCGUCGACUCUUAA